AUGGACAUGUAUAUCCUGGUUCUGGCCGGACUUUGUGCGUUAUGUGGCAUCUUCGGUAUGUGGAGCAAACGCCGAGCGCUCAAGGACCAGCUUCCCAGCAAGACAAUCACUAAAGCUAGGGAUGUCAAGCUUCGUGACGAGAUGGAUCGGGAGCCGGGAGAAUGGCGACCCGUGGCUUUUGACUAUCCGAAGUUCAAGCCUUGGCAUGAUUUCGAUAUCGACCGCACUCUUCCACCUCUCUAUCGACCGUUCAGAUGGGGACCCUAUCAUCUCAAGGUAGACAGCGUGACGAUGGGCCUGCGGAACAUGUCCUGGCCAGAGUGGAUCGAAUUAGAUAACCGAUACCAGGAAUACCACACCAUCCGUGCAGAGCGUAUGCGCACCCGAGGAUCCAAAGCCGUGCGUACGAUGCCGCCGCGAGAUGGUGUGCCAGGGGGAGCGGACGCUGCGCGGGAAGUGGUGCACGAGCUUGCGGAGUACCUUUCGAGGAGGUACCCGAUGAUGUUUCGAGUGGAGAGGAAGCAGAAACGGGAGGGAGACUGGGGCUGGUAUGGUGAUGGGGAGAUCAGGACGAUCGAGAUCCUGCCACUGGGUGAGGUACAUGACUUGGACAAGGAAGACCCGAUGACUGUGGCUGGACUGCUGGUGCAGGACGACCUUUUCAUCACGCUCGAAGGCAGGGACGGGAAGUAUUACUUCCAGGCAGGGUCGAUUUGCACAGGCGGGUUCUGGAGAAUGGAAGAUAAGAUCGGAAAGGCGUUAGACGACAUCCACAGGGGCGGCAACGUCCCCCAAUACGACACCAAGCUCCAGCCCUCGCUUACGCGUUUCUUCCGCAAGUUGCAGACAGACAAGCCCGUGCUGCGAAACAACUACUUCAUCCAAAUCGACCGUGCGCUCGCCUGGUCCGAGCCUACGAACGGGGCUGAAGACGCCUUUGACGAGGGGACGCACGAGCCAAACCGCGAAUUGCGGGGCGAUUUCAGCCCACCGGAGCCGACGGUCGAUGUAAGGACCGUGCAUUUUAGGACGGAGAGACAGAGCUUGAGAAGGAUGCCGAGGACCGGGGCAGUGUUGUUCACGGUGAGGACGUACAUCGAGCCUGUCACUAAGCUGGUUGAAGAACCGGGAGUCCCAGGACGCCUCGCUUCUGCCGUACGUGGCUUUCCGGAAGACAUAUUCGUGUACAAGGCGGCGCAUUUGUAUCGGGAUGCGUUGCUGCCAUUCCUUGACGAGGCACAUAGACGGCAGGUAGAGCAGGGGGUUAUCAAAGAAGGAGAUGAGACGAGUGCAUAUCCAUAUUGAA